UUGUGCUUUGCUGGCAGAAAUAUGGCGGCUGGUUCAGGUAGUUCUGGAAAUCAACAGAAACUUACAGUUGGUUCACGAGUGUCUUGUACAACAUGUAAUGGUGAAAAGGUUGAAGGAGAAGUUUUAGCAUAUGAUAGUCAUCAUAACCUUGUUGUAAUGAAACUUCCAAGUUCAUCAGGCGAAAGGGGAACAUGUAAUAUUAAUAUUCUAAAUACAGAAUUAUUAAGAAAUUUUGAUGUAUUAGAGGAGGCUAAAAAGAGUCCAAGCCAAUUACCACCAUUGGAUAUCAGUAAAAUAGUGCAUAGGACUGAACAAAGUAUAAUGGAAAGACAAAGAAUCGGGAUUGGAGUGUCACCCAUUGCAAAGAAGUUGUUUGAUCAUGUUUCUAAAACAUUCAAUAACUGUCAAUGGAAUGCUAAAGAUAUUGUGGUGAAAAGUAUUGAUGUUAAAAUAGUACCACCAUAUAAACCAGAGAAUAUUCAAGGAGACCCUAAAGCAACUGAUCAUAUCAGAAAAAUAGUUGAAAGAUUUCAUUUCGAUCAAGAAGCAACAAUUUGACAGAAGAAAGUCUCACAGAUGCAAUCACAGCUUUUUCCUCUACAAUGUUGCAUUCAAAACAUUGGUCAUGUCUAUAAAACCAAGAGCUUGGUUGAAUUGUCUAACUUCAUAGCAGAAGUAAGAAUUUUUGUUCAUGUAAUAAAUAGCCAAGUGUAUUUAGGUCUUAAAUCAAACCUGAAUAGCCGGCUAUUCAUUAACAACUUUUAUGCAAGCAAUCUUAGUUAGUAGACCCUUCAACCAAGCUUGUGAAACUUGUUAAACUGUCUGAGGGAAAAAAACUUUUGAUAUUCAAAAAUAUAUUUUGGUGAAAGAAAUAUUGAAUGGUGCAAUCAAUAUAUUGAAUGGUGCAAUGGUCCUUCAUCUGUCCAUGGUUCACCAAUGUUCUGGUAUCUGUUGGAUGAUAUAUGUACCCCGGGUCAACCCUAAAUAAGGCUAGGUCACAAACAGCACAUGGUUGUGCAUAGUCGUCCUCUUCAUAAUCGUACAUACAAAUAUGGCGGAACUACAACAAAAGUGAAUGUAAACUUGUAUCCA